AUGCUCCGUCGCACGAUUGCCCGUUUCAUGGCGUCAGACGCCAUUGGGCCGGCGCACCCCGACAUUCUUUGGGGUUACAUGGACGGACGCUACGCCGGGCCUGGCUGGGUCAGCUGGAUCAAGCAACUGCCCGUGGAGACGCUCACCAUGCAAGGCGGCACCUCCAUGACGAAUAUGAACGACCGCGCGGGCGUUAUUUUAGAUCCGGAGGACCCACGACAUCCCAUGGCACUCAUUCAAUGGGGACCGAUGAACCACUACGAUGGUGCCUUCAUGCAACUCUCCUACGGGGACUACGGGGCUAUCAAGAAGGGAUCUCGUCUCAUGCAAGUUUUGUAUGAUAAUUAUUUGGAACCCUUUUCCAUGAAUCGUGUGUGUGCGCAGCUGUACUUUUACCAAAAGGUACCAAACAACUACCACGCCUCUGUGGAGGCCUCCGCAGAGUACAUAGGCCAAACCGCCUCGUUGAUAGGACAGGUGAUAGUAGGUAUUGGUUCUGUUAUAAUGGAGGGGGUUACGGUGAAGGGGGACACGAAUUGUGUCUACAUAGCGGAGGGUGUGCAGGUGAUGGAAAACACAUGCAUUGUGAGUGAUGCUCCGACAGACUUGUUAGCCUACCAACGCCACGAGGCUAUUAAUCCGUAUCAGCAGUGGGACGGUAUGAGUGGGGUGUGCCGAAUAAUGCAGAACACAAUCAUUGAACCCAACUGCUUCCUCGAUGGCUGUUCCAUCGGUCCCUUUAACCGCAUCGGGCACAACACCAAAAUUUUAAAGGGUGUGACAACAGGAACGAUGGUGCACAUCCUUCCAGGCAGCGUGGUGACGGCCGAUACAAAGAUAGGCGAUGGUGAGCUUUGGGGUGGAGCUCCCGCUGUGAAGCUUGGCAAGGUCAGUAAGUUUGAGUGGAAGCGCCCCUACUUUGCCUCACUGCUGCACAAGGAGAGUGUGGUGGAGUCGUACCGCAACAUGUCUCGCUACGGAGACCAGGUAGUUCAUUUUCAGGACCAAAUGGGGAAGCUAAACUCGCUGAUGCUAGAAUAUGAGUCUGACCUUGCCCCAGCUGUGAAGGCCAAAAUUAAGGAGUUUGUGCAGGGGCGUGAACCCUUCCAUCACAUGCUCACCCGCAUCACGCAGGGCUGGUCCCCUGCCAACCGCCCGGAUGAUAAGAAUUACAACCUGUGCCCUCCCCUACCGGGUGUGAAGCUUUUCGCGGAGCACAACAACGACUCCUCCGAUAGUGAGCUGCACGGAACCUAUAUGAACCUCACGAACAUAUUUAACGAUUUCCGUUGGUAG